AUGUUCUGGGGGUGCCUCGACAGCCACCAGAAAGAGAUCAAGAAAGCCUACUAUCAGGUGCUGAGUGACGAGGUCAAGAGGAAGCAGUAUGACACGUACGGAGCGGCAGGCUUCGACCCCAGCCAGGCGGGAGGGGGGGCGGGGGGACAGCAGUACUGGAGGGCCGGGGGGGCCAGCGUCGACCCAGAGGAAAUGUUCAGGAAGAUCUUCGGGGAGUUCACAGGAGCGCAGGGUUUCGGAGACUUCAACAGCAUGUUUGAACAGAGGCCAGAGUUUGUGAUGGAGCUGACGUUCACCCAGGCAGCUAAGGGAGUGAACAAGGAGAUGACAGUGAACCUGGACGAUGCCUGUCAGAGAUGUGACGGUAAAGGUAGCGAGCCAGGAACCAAGGUCCAGCACUGUCACUACUGUAACGGCACCGGCAUGGUGAGUGGUGUCAACCUACUGUCACUACUGUAACGGCACCGGCAUGGUGAGUGGUGUCAACCUACUGUCACUACUGUAACGGCACCGGCAUG